AUGGAAGACAAUGAUGAAUGGGGUUUUAGCGCCGAAGAACUGGACGCCCUUGAGAGAGAUGCUAUCCAGAAGAUCGCUCAGCAGCAGCAGCGGCGGCUUCAAUUGUCUGCUAGUUCACCUGCUACCUCUUCCUUUUCUUCCGCCAGUCAAAACCCACCAAGAAAUUGCGUCAACAGUAAACCCUCCCCCGCUACUCCUGGUGAAACCUUCAAGGGACUCCCGCCUACGCUCUCGGUAAAAUUCAUGCUUCAUGCUAGUGGAAAUAUUGCAGUUAGAUUUCCAUAUAAUACGGUACUGGUUGAUGCGGUGCGCAAGGUGCCUAAAGCCAGUUGGAAUGCGAAAGAAAGAUUGUGGAUCUUCCCAACAGCUUCAUUGCUGUUAGCUGAAAGAGCUAUGAGAGAAAUCCCGUCUGGUUUAAUUGUUGUUGAGGUUGAAGAAUUAGAUCCCUUGGUGCGGCGUGCUAUUGUUGCUGCUUCCACGGUUACGGAUCUUCUUCAUUGGUAUGACAGGAUGCCUGACUGUAUAGAAUCAAAGCUUAUGCCUUUUCAGCGGGAUGGUGUCAGGUUUAUAUUGCAGCAUGGUGGGCGUGUUCUCUUAGCAGAUGAAAUGGGGCUUGGGAAGACCUUACAAGCGAUCGCUGCAGCUGCUUGCGUUCGUGAUUCUUGGCCUGUUCUAGUUCUUUCUCCUUCGUCAUUGCGAUUGCAGUGGGCUACAAUGAUUCAACAAUGGCUCAAUAUCCCUUCAUCAGACAUAGUUGUUGUUUUGUCACAGUGGAGUGGGUCAAACAGAGGUGGCUUCUCUCUAGUAUCCUCAGCCAAGGGUACCCCAAGUCUUGAUGGCUUAUUCAAUAUUGUGUCUUACGAUGUUGUGCCAAAGUUGCAAAGCGUUCUAAUGGCUUCUGAAUUUAAGGUUGUAAUUGCGGAUGAAUCACACUUCCUGAAAAAUGCUAAAGCAAACAGGACAACUGCAUCGCUCCCCGUUAUAAAGAAAGCCCAGUAUGCAAUGUUGCUUAGUGGAACUCCUGCAUUGUCCAGGCCUAUAGAGCUGUUCAAGCAGCUUGAAGCUUUGUAUCCUGAUGUAUACAAGAAUGUUCAUGAAUAUGGUAACCGUUACUGUAAAGGUGGGAGUUUUGGAGCGUAUCAAGGUGCCAGCAACCAUGAAGAAUUGCACAACUUGAUGAAGACGACAGUGAUGAUUCGUAGGCUUAAAAGGGAUGUCCUUUCUGAGCUUCCUCAGAAGCGUCGGCAGCAGGUCUUCCUAGAGUUAGCUGAAAAGGACCUGAAAACUAUCAAAGCAUUGUUUCGUGAGUUGGAAGUGAUCAAAAGCAAAAUUAAGUCAUGCACAUCAGAAGAUGAGGUUGCAUCAUUGAAAUUUGCUCAGAAGAAUCUUAUCAGUAAGAUAUAUACAGUUUCUGCUGAAGUGAAGGUCCCUGCAGUCCUUGAUUAUUUGACUACUUUUGUUGAGGCAGGCUGCAAGUUUCUCAUAUUUGCUCACCAUCGACAAAUGAUUGAUUCAAUACACGAGUUUUUGCUGAAGAAGAAAGUAGGUUGCAUCCGAGUUGAUGGUGGAACCCCGGCCGCUGAUAGGCAAGGACUGGUAACUGAUUUCCAGGAAAAUGAUGCUAUUAAGGCUGCAAUUCUAUCCAUCAAAGCAGGGGGUUUCGGAUUAACGCUAACAGCUGCUAGCACUGUUGUGUUUGCUGAAUUGGCUUGGACUCCAGGGGACUUGAUUCAAGCUGAAGAUCGUGCUCAUAGGAUUGGACAGGUUUCUUCUGUGAAUAUAUAUUACCUGCUUGCAAGUGAUACUGUUGAUGACAUUAUAUGGGAUGUUGUGCAAAGCAAGUUGGAAAACUUAGGACAGAUGCUGGAUGGACAUGAAGAUAUGAUGGAAGUUGCAGCAGAAAACCUGGUGAUGGGCAAUGCCAGUUGCAGGCAUAGCCCCAAACCUACAAAAAGGCAGGAAACACUCGACUCCUUUGUGAUGAAGCGAUGUAGGAAAGCAGAUGAUGAUGAAGAAGAAGGUGAAGAACAGCAGCAGUAUAAGCUCAAAUCCUCCAGGCCUCGAUGCAGUCAAUAA